AACUCCCAGUGGUUUUUGUGACUUGGAGUAAGAACCACAGUCCAAGAACCACAGUCCGUGGCCUUUGUGACUUGGACCUCCUGUUCUUACCUCCUGUCUCCCUCCCUCACUGCUCAGCCCCAAGAGCCUCCUUGCAGUUCCUCUAACACCCCUCUCUCCCUCGCCCCCCAAGAGCCUUUGUGUUUGCUGUUCCCUUUGCAGGAAUGCUUUUCCCCCAGAUAUCUGCAGGGUGCAAUCCCUCUAGCCUUCAGAUCGUAUUUAAUUGUUUUUUCCUAACAAUACCUUCCCUAACCAUUGUGCUUUAAAUUGCAAAAAUACUACUUACUCGCUUCCUUGUUUUUUCUUAUCACUAACAUACUAAAUGUCUUAUUUAGAAUAUAUGCUUUACAAGGGCAGACUUUCUGCCUCUUAUUCACUGCUGUCCUCUUGGUACCUGGAACCAUGUCCAAUACAGAGUUAAAAAAAAAAUAAAGUUGCCAUGGAGUCAAUUCCAAUUCAUAGCAACUGUAUAGGAUAGAGUUGAACCACCUCAUAGCGUUUUCAGCACUGUAAUCUUUACGGAAGCCAACUACCACACAUCUUUCUCCUGCAGAGCCUGGCUUCGAACCACUGCUGACCUUUUGGUUAGCAGCUGAGUGCUUAACCACUGUGCCACCAGGUCUCCUUUUAACACAGAGUAGUAAUCCAUAAAUGUUUGUUGAAUAAAUGAGUGGAUGCUUAAAUCCAGAAGAAUAAACUGAAUUUAUUUGAUAAAGACAAGCAGACACAGAUAAACCAGGGUAAUGAGGAUUCAGAUCAGGAGAAAGGAGUGGGAAGCAGCUCUUUGAGCCUGGAGAAAGCCUGGGGGAGUGGGAGGAUUGGGGGGUUCUUAUAUCUGUGUCUUGAGGAUGAGUAGAUUGGGGGAGGAGUUCUGGGUAGGAGUCUCUCAAUAGGCACCUCCUAAUUCUGUCUCCUGUAUCAGCUCUCUUCCUUGGUUCCCCUUGAUUACCUGUCAUUUCUUAUUUGGGGAAGUGGAGUUGUCCUUUCUGCCAGUCUCCUGAGCUCCAGGCUGGAGGCUCCUUUUUCCAGCAACUGUGUCCCUAGCCUAUUGUGAUGAUGGCUGUUGUGAUGUAGAGCGCUCUGGUCUCCUAGGAACCCCUGAGGCCCAGCCACCAUGGGUUGCCCAGUCUCCUGGCCAAGGUUGAAACCAGGCGUGCAUUGGGCCUACCCCUGUGCCCCACCCCCAGAGUCAUGCCAGCGUGGGUGGUGGGGCAUUCUUUGGGAUGGAUGACCUGGAUCCCUUAGCCAUCUGUGUUCUGUUUGAGGAACGGGACCCUCAAACAGACAGCAGCCAAGAUGAUGAGGCGGGUGUGUGCUUGGGGCAGGCUCUGCAGCCCUUGGUCUGGGACUCAGCUGCCAUUCACUGGGGGCCCAGGACAGGGGCAGAUCACAUGGCUUUGCCAGGUGGCCCCAGCUGGGCAAAUAGGCAGAGGAGGACUUGUAGUGAGGUGACAACUCUUCAGCGGCUAAGAUGUGAUAUUUCUGUUUCUUUGCUGCCUCCUCCACUUUUCUAGAACUGUUACUUCUCUAAUGCUGUUUUCAUUUCUCCCGGUGCUUUAGCUCCUGGGGUCUCCAUAGGAGGGGGAGAUGGGGUCAGGUCCCUGAGAUGGCUGAUGUCCUAUCCUGUCCCUUCAAGCAGCGGCCUCAGGAGACUCCCUUCUUAGUGCUACUUGUGCCUUCUCAGUUUGCAGAUCUCCAGGGGAGCCCGCCAGCGUGGCCAGCAUGGCCUCCGAAGACAUUGCCAAACUGGCGGAGACGCUGGCCAAAACCCAGGUGGCCGGGGGACAGCUGAGUUUCAAGGGCAAGAGCCUCAAACUCAACACUGCAGAAGAUGCUAAAGAUGUGAUUAAAGAGAUUGAAGACUUUGAUGGCUUAGAGGCUCUGCGCCUGGAGGGCAACACGGUGGGUGUGGAAGCUGCCAAGGUCAUCGCCAAGGCCUUGGAGAAGAAAUCGGAGUUGAAGCGAUGCCACUGGAGUGACAUGUUCACAGGGAGACUGAGGUCCGAGAUCCCCCCAGCCCUGAUCUCACUUGGGGAGGGACUUAUCACUGCCGGGGCCCAGCUGGUGGAGCUGGACUUGAGCGACAAUGCCUUCGGGCCUGAUGGCGUGCGCGGCUUCGAGGCCCUCCUCAAGAGCUCUGCCUGCUUCACCCUGCAUGAGCUCAAGCUCAACAACUGCGGCAUGGGCAUCGGCGGAGGCAAGAUCCUGGCAGCAGCUCUGACUGAGUGUCACCGCAAGUCCAGUGCCCAAGGCAAGCCUCUGGCCCUAAAGGUCUUUGUGGCUGGCAGGAACCGUCUGGAGAAUGAUGGAGCCACUGCCUUGGCAGAAGCUUUUGGGAUCAUCGGGACUCUGGAGGAGGUCCAUAUGCCCCAGAAUGGGAUCAAUCACCCCGGUGUCAUGGCCCUGGCCCAGGCCUUCGCCAUCAACCCCCUGCUGCGGGUCAUCAACCUCAAUGACAACACCUUCACUGAGAAGGGGGCUGUGGCCAUGGCCGAGACCCUGAAGACCUUGCGACAAGUGGAGGUGAUCAACUUCGGGGACUGCCUGGUGCGCUCCAAAGGUGCUGUUGCCAUUGCAGAUGCCGUCCGUGGGGGCCUGCCCAAACUGAAGGAGCUGAACUUGUCAUUCUGUGAAAUCAAGAGAGAUGCUGCUCUGGCCAUUGCUGAGGCCGUGGGGGACAAGGCUGAGCUGGAGAAGCUGGACCUCAACGGCAACACCCUAGGAGAAGAAGGCUGUGAGCAGCUUCAGGAAGUUCUGGAUGGCUUCAACAUGGCCAAAGUGCUGGCAUCCCUCAGUGAUGAUGAAGGUGAGGAUGAUGAGGACGAGGAGGAGGAGGAAGGAGAGGAGGAGGAAGAAGAAGAUGAAGAGGAGGAGGAGGAAGAGGAAGAGGAGGAAGAAGAGCCACAGCAGCAAGGGCAAGGAGAGGAGUUGACCACACCCUCAAGGAAGAUUCUGGACCCUAACAGUGGCGAACCAGCUCCUGUGCUGUCCUCCCCGCCCCCCGUGGACGUCUCCACCUUCCUCGCUUUCCCCUCUCCAGAGAAGCUCCUGCGCCUGGGCCCCAAGAGUUCCCUGUUGAUAGCCCAGCAGACCGACACAUCUGAUCCAGAGAAGGUGGUCUCUGCCUUCCUGAAGGUGUCUUCUGUGUUCAAGGACGAAGCCACAGUGAGGAUGGCUGUGCAGGACGCAGUAGAUGCCUUGAUGAAGAAGGCCUUCAGCUCAUCCUCCUUCAACUCCAAUGCCUUCCUCACCAGGCUCCUCAUCCACAUGGGUCUGCUAAAGAGUGAAGACAAGGUCAAGGCCAUUGCCAACUUGUACGGCCCCCUGAUGGCUCUGAACCACAUGGUGCAGCAGGACUACUUCCCCAAGGCCCUUGCUCCCCUGCUGCUGGCGUUCGUGACCAAGCCCAAUGGUGCCCUGGAAGCCUGCUCCUUUGCCCGUCACAACCUGCUGCAGACGCUGUACAAGGUCUAGAUGGGAAGCCAGCCUCUCCUGUCCCUCAACCUGGACAACGGCUUGGGGAAGGGGCUUGGACGAACUGAGCUACAGCCCAGCCCUUUCUUCAGACAGGACUCUGGUCGGAGGCAUGGAGAGUCUUUGUCUCAUGUGUCAUGUCGUCCUGAGUGUGUGCUGUGUGGGUGCAUGGCGGUGUGUUGCCUGUUGGGCAUGGGUUCUUAACGUCUCCCUGCUGGACUGGCCCUGGUCCUGCCUUAGGGGAGCUGCCGCCAGGGGCGGGGGCAGGAGCUGUGAGUUGCUCUGCUGUUAAACUCACAGCCAUCUGAGGACGCUCUGCUCGUCUGUGCCUCAGGGUCAAGGCCCCGGUGGCUGUCCCUGCCCACCUUGCCUUCCCCUCCCCGUGGGUUACCCCCAAGCCUGGGGAGUUGCUGUCUGUAUGCUGUCCCUGCUGUGUUGUGGUGGGGCCAUCCUGCCCUACCUGGGCCGCUCGGCACUGUCUCUGCUUCCUGUCACCAAGCCCUGGCCCUGCAGUGACUGCUGUCCCCACCAUCCAUCCCUGCUGUGCAGGCAGCUUGGCCUAAGGAGCAGAGACUUCCAGGUGGGGUGUGGGGGGUGUCAGCAGAGGGCAGGAUCCUAGCCCCAUGCCGUAUGGACAGGAAGAGAAACCAGGGGGCAGACCCCAGACCGUCCAGGAGUGGGAGCUGCCUGGCACUGCACUGGCUCCAGCCCAGUGGCCUCCCCAGACUGCUGGCUGAGCAAUGUGUGGUGGGCACCUUGGCAGGCCCAGUCCUGUUCUCCAGCCUGAGAGGGGCAGGACCCCUGCUGCCUGAGCUGCAUCUUGGGCUGCUCCCAAAGGGCCCCCUGGGGCAUGGGAGGGGUAGGGGCUGGACUGGGUGAAGAUGCCCUGGGACCCCCCCUUAGCAGCCCCAGGGCCCAUGUGCUUUCCCCUUUGUCCUCUUUACGUGUCUAGGCUGUGCA